AUGGUUUUCGCAUCAAUGUGGGACAAUUACUUUGUUCAACUUGUUUUGCGGCAAAACCCAGUUGCGCCGACCAAAGAUGGCCGUCAAAUACCAUUGUAUCUUGGCUCCGUUGAGCCAGACGCUCUAGUGGACGAAAGACAUGGACGCCCUUACAUCUCGAAUGCGAUUAGAACGACAACGUAUACCAUCUGGGACUUUUUGCCACGUCAGCUGGUUUAUCAAUUCACCCGUUUAGCCAACAGCUAUCUCUUGGUUGUGGCCAUCCUGCAAGCCAUUCCUGGUCUCAGCACUACAGGCAGCUUCACCACUCUGAUCCCGCUGGUCAUCUUCGUCGCCAUGAUCAUCACCAAGGAGGGCUAUUAUGACUGGAAGCGGCAUCGACAAGACGUGGCCGAAAAUAACCGCCUCGCGACAGUCCUACGUAGAUCAGCAUCUCAAGGCCACGAGGCCAAGCUGGCAUGGGUUGCUACAAAAUGGCAAGACCUAAGGGUUGGAGAGGUCAUCAAGCUCUCCAGUGACGAUGAAGUACCGGCUGUUAUUGUGCUAUUGCAUGCGACAGGCGACAGAGGGCUUGCAUUCGUGGAGACUAUGGCCCUGGAUGGCGAAACAAACCUCAAAGCGAAGAGAACCCCAGCCAAUCUCGGUGACUGCGGUACUAUCGACAAUAUAGCACAACGCGAGGUCAUGUUUAGCAUCGAGGAUCCAAACCCAGAUCUGUAUCGAUUCGACAGCAAAUUCACUCCGCAAGGCCGCACGCUGCCGCUGACUGUUAAUGAGGCCAUCUAUCGAGGAUCAGUAAUCCGCAAUACACCUAAAGUCAUUGGCAUCGUUGUCAACACAGGCGAGGAAUGCAAGGUUCGCAUGAACUCCAAGGUCAAAGCUGAAAGCAAAAAGCCAAGGCUUGAGCAGAUGACGAACUUUAUCGUCGCCACGCUCAUCUUUUUCAUCAUCCUUCUUUCGAGCUUGGCCACGGUCGCGUAUAUACUCUGGAAAAGCCAGUCGGAAAGCAGGGCAUGGUAUUUGUUCGACUCUACGGUUCCCAUGGUCCAGAUUUUCUUUGGAUUCGUCAUCAUGUUUAACAACGUCAUUCCGUUGUCUCUGUAUGUCGGCUUGGAGGGCAUCAAAAUCGGUCAGAUGACAAUGAUCUACAACGAUGUCCACCUGUAUGACGAAAAGUCCGAUACUCCUGCACGGGUCAAUACUACCAACAACUUGGAUGAUCUCGGGCAGAUCGGUUACCUAUUCACGGAUAAGACCGGCACUCUUACUGAUAACAUUAUGAAUCUUCACAAACUGAGUGUUGCAGGGGCCAGCUGGUUGCAUCAAAACUGUCUCACCCCGGCCAAGAACUCAUUACAAUCCUUGAACGGCGACGCUGGAGAAUUCACUACUCGAAAUCUUGUAGAGUAUGUGCACUCGGAGGCCCAAGGUCGUCUUGCAGCCCAUGUCAAACAAUUCCUCCUUGCUAUAGCACUCUGUCAUACCUGCCUCCCUGUGUCCGGCGAAAGCGGCGAGACUGAAUUCCAAGCGUCAUCACCAGAUGAACUGGCACUUGUAAGAGCAGCACAGGAAAUGGGAUUUUCCGUCGUCGAGAGGUCAUCUCAGUCAAUCACAAUUCACAUCAUUGAUUCUCUCAGGAAUAUUGAGCGGCUUGAGUUCCAAAUCCUCGAUACCAUUGAGUUCAGCAGCAAGCGUAAGCGAAUGUCCAUCAUUCUGAGAUGCCCAAACGGGACAAUUUGGUUGGUUUGCAAGGGUGCUGACUCGGUCAUCCUCCCCCGGCUCCCAAUGGCUCCUCGCGAUAUGGUAGAUGACUUGGCAUUGAAGUCUUACCCAUCCAGAGAGACCACCAAGCACUCCCCCAUCAUACGGGGCCAUUGGGGAUCCGCGCCGUCUGAUCAGUCCGAAAGUCCUGCAAAUGAUCAAGAUUCUGCAACCAGCGUACCCUUCGAAGACGAUAUGAUCCCUUUGCGUGAUAAUAUGAGACAAGCCGGCAGAUCCGAUGUAUUCGACAACCAAAACCUUGAUAUCAUUAAUAGAACAGCCGUCGCUACCGAAGAUGAGGAAACAAAUUGUAUCCGCCAGUCUUUUGGCCAUAUGAAUCACUACGCUACCGAGGGACUACGCACACUCGUCUACGCAGGGCGGACAGUCUCAGAACACGAGUACCUAGCUUGGAAACGACUAUACCACAAUGCAGAAACAGAUCUUCAGAACCGCCAAGAGCGCAUGGAGGAGGUUGGCGAGAUGAUGGAGAGAUCUCUUCAUUUUCUUGGGAUAACAGCCGUAGAGGAUAAGCUCCAACAAGACGUUCCAGAGACGAUCGAGAAACUUCGUCGGGCGGGGGUCAAGAUUUGGAUGUUGACGGGAGACAAGAAGGAAACAGCCAUCAGUAUCGCUCACUCGGCUCGGAUCUGCGGCCCUGACACGUCGCUACACUUCUUGGACGUGGCAGCGGGAGAUCUCGAGUUUCAGUUAAACAGCAUUUCGGACCAUAUUUUGUAUCGCGGAGAUCCCUCAUCACAUUCCGCCGUGGUUGUCGAUGGCGCUACACUGACAGCGAUUGAAGAGGAUCCAGACAGUCGAGUGCGCCACCUCUUUUACCAACUUGCUCCUAAUAUCGGGUCUGUUAUCUGCUGCAGAGCUUCGCCUUCUCAGAAAGCACUUCUUCUGCGUAUUAUCGGCGAUGAUCCUCUGACCAAAAUCGAGAGAGGCCGCUGGUCUUGCCUAUGGUCUUGGCGGAAGUCACACCGACCUCUUACCUUGGCCAUCGGCGAUGGUGCCAACGAUGUACCCAUGAUCUUAACUGCCAGCGUAGGCGUGGGUAUAUCUGGUCGCGAGGGCCAGCAAGCUGCCCGAGUCGCUGAUUUCAGCAUAUCACAAUUCCGUUUUCUAGCUCGCCUUAUGCUUGUUCACGGUCGUUGGAACUACCAUCGCACCACGCGCUUUAUCCUGGUCACGUUCUGGAAGGAAGUUCUCUUUUACUUUCCUCAAGCCAUUUUCCAAGGUGAAGCCGGAUCAACCGGCACCAGCCUCUACCACUCGCAGGCCCUGAUGUUUACCAGUUACUUGACGGCGGCAGCAAUACUCGUCAUAGGCAUGUACGAGCAAGAUCUGAAGGCAAACACGCUUCUGGCCAUUCCUCAACUGUACGCUUAUGGGCAGAACGGGGAGGGUCUGACAUCACUUGUCUAUCUUGGUUGGAUGAGCAAUGCUCUGACUGCUGGUUUCAUCAUCUUCGCUGUGUGUUGGGCUGCCUAUAGUGGAGGCGUCCCAGCAGUCUACGACAAUGGACUGUACGCUCAAGGCACCCUAGUUUUUGCAUGCUGUAUGAUCUGGACCAACUACAAAGUCUUGAUGCUUGAGAUGCACCACAAGACGAAAAUAGCCCUCUGGUCUGCCUUUGUCAGUAUUCUGGCCGUGUGGUUGUAUAUAGUCGUUACAGGGCUCGUAUCUGGGUAUGAAUCAGGCCCAUAUGCUAUCACUGGGGGUAUCAUUGAAGGGUUUGGGCGCGAUCCGUCAUGGUGGCUUGCGCUUCUGUAUACCUUGGGCCUUCUAACUGCUGCUGAAUCGGCACACAAAUCUUUCAGUCAGAAUGCAAUGGUACGGGCGUUUGUCGGACGUUGUUGCUCUUGGUUUGGGGUCGCUAGCGACUCUAGAAAUGGUGUUCGUGAAGGCUUCAAAGCCUGGGAUACUCGCCUGUGGCAGGAGAUGGAGAAGGAUGAAGGUGUCAGGGCUCACUUGCGGUGUCUGGACAUGACACGGAAGAAUCAUCUUGCAAGUUAA